AUGACAGAGGACUAUGUUUUCAGCGUGUCUGAUAAUCCAGACGACUUUUUUGAACUUUUCAAAUUGCCUGGGGCUGAAUGGGGAGGUGCUUCAGGAGUUGUUAAGUUUGCCGAAAUAGUAACCAGAUAUCAAAAGGAAGCCGUUGAAAGCGGAAUUAAAGUGCAAGGUUUUCUGUUUAAGAAGAAAAGUUCUAAUGAAGUAAUUGCAACUGUAUUUGUAAGAUGGAUGGAAGCAUUCUACAAAGAUAUUAACACGACAAGCUUGAUAUCUUCUACCCCUAAUCCGUCAUCAAUUGGUGUAAAUAACGCUACUGCUUUAACUAUACAAGCUGUAUACGUACAUCCCGAUUACAGAGCUAAAGGAAUGGCCGAAUCCCUCUUGAAAAAGACUAUUGAGUACGUCGAAGAAGAGAUUAUUCAAGAAAAACUCAAUACCAGUGAUGACACUAAGAAAGACAACUUUAAAAGCAUGGCCAUGACAGAUGGUAGAUUAGAUCGUCGUUUAUGCAACUACUACUUGGGUAAGGAAUAUUUCUGGGUCUUGUACUCAGGUGUUCAAAAUUACUACGAAAGAUUUGGAUUCAAAGGGUAUCCAUUAGAUUUUUACAAGAUCCCCUACUCGGUAGUCUCAGAUGAGCUGCAAAAAAUGAUCGAAGACAUGAUUGAUAACAAAUCCUCCCAUCCCAGUGGAUUUGGCAAGAAAUUGAAAUUACUAAGUGGCUCAAAUGACCUUGAUAGAGGAACUAUAAGUUCAAUUUUGCAAGGCAAGGAACUUGAUCUUUUGAUGGAAUUAAACCAGCAGGUAUUUCACCUGGAGUUAAGCAGUGGACAAAAGUCAUCAUCAUCUUUAACAAAUAUGCAAAGCAUGUUAUCCAUGUCCAAGAUGGGGUCAUUUAAUGCUUUGGGUUCGAUCACUGAACUUUCUUCUCUAGGGAAUACUGGAGUCAUACCAGCAAAUAAGGAAGUAGGUACGCAACAAAGAAGAAGGUCAUCGGUCAUGCAACUUACUACUCCAAAGGUAGCUUUAAAACCAGAUUUAAAUCUUUUGUCAACCCACAUGGCUCGUGAGAGCGACAUCGCAGAAUGGAACAAGAUUAAUCGUGAAAAAGCAAUUCAAUUUUCUGACAUCAAAGGUGCCAUAAUUACCAAUGAGUUACAACAAAAGACGUUUUACAUCUUAUGGCUCUCCCUUAAAAAAACAGUGAUUAUAGGAAUGGGUGAAUUAAAAGUUGAUCCUCUCGGUUUUGGGUUAGGAGGCGGUAGAAGACGUUCUUCUUUCACUGGACUUAACGACUUAGGUGGAAUUAACUUCCAGGAUCUAGAUUUAUUAAUUAGCGUCGCGUGUUAUGUCUGCAGAAAUAGACUCCUAGGUGAUGACAGCCUCUAUGUGUCGAUCAAUGAUUUGCCUGAUAAUAUUCCGGCUCCGGUGCUUCACGAUUAUUUUAUGAACUAUCUUCCCAAUAACUUUGCUGAUGUUAAUGCUCAUGAUGAUGAAUCUGCACCGCAGGAAACAAAAAUUGAGUUCGUUAAUGAUGCAUCGAAAAGACUUCGAGUUUUGCCAAUGUUAAGAAAAUUUGGAAGUAAUUCCAAUGAUUUCCAAUUAGACUGGACUGGAAGUAGUAUGUUGACAUGGGGCUAA